ACAGAAAGUGAAUUAACCUUUUCAAAAUCUGCCGCAGAGCCCAAAUCUGACGAAUCCAAAACGCCCAGCUCAAGCUAUGGAGCAAAGCGGGAAAGAGAAUCAAGCGACAGCAUUCAGAGCGCGGAGAAACGUCAUCUGAGAUCAUCAGAAGCGGAAAACAUCCUGGAUUACGACACAAGAGGUGCAGAGCUAUGGAUCGAGAGUGAAAAGCUUACUGAAACGAAUUAUUUGGUAUAUCUCGCCAACAAAACCCAAUGUUUGCUGAAUGAGCUGGAGAAACGGCUCAGUAAACCUCUCAGUUUUCCUCUGGUAAUGAAUCCAGUCAGACAGAAAUCCAAUCCUGGCAGCCAAAAAUUGAAUCCUGACACCCAAAAAUCCAAGCCUGACUCCCAAAAAUCCUAUCCUGAUGCCCAAAAAUCCAAUCCUGAUGCCCUAAAAAUGAAUCUUGAUGCCCAAAAGUCCAACCCUGAUGCCCAAGAAUCCAAUCCUGACGACCAAAACUCCGAUCCUGAUGGCCAGAACUCCAAUUCUGCUGCCCAAAACUCCAAUCCUGACGGCCAAAACUCCAAUUCUGCCGCCCAAAAAUCCAAUCCUGACUGCAAGAAGUUGAAUCCUGACGCCCAGAUUGAAGAUAAAAUCACUAUAGCGCUCUGUAUCCAGCAGCUCACUGAAUCUAUGCUCCGGGACGAGCAGCUGCGCAGAAAAUAUAUAGCCGAGAUGAUAAACGAAUAUCGCCGCCUGAGGGGAGCCAUGGCGGACUGGACAAAGGCAUAUCGUCUAAAUCGACAGGAGCUGAAAGUGCUGCUGGAUACUGUAACGUCUAUAUCCGACAGAUUAAGCGUCGUGGAAAAGUAUGUGUUGGAAAUCGUUCGUAAUAUUAAAUGAUCUGCGAAUAAAAAUGUGUUUCUGGCGUGGAGUUUUGGUCUAAAAUAUCUACAAAUUCUUAAAUCAAAGAAGCAUUUUUGGACAAGUCAAAAAUAUAGUUUUGAUUUAAGACAUUUUAUGUGAAAAUGAAGAGUUUUUUCCAUGAAACAAGCAGAAUAAUCCGCCAAUGAGGUCUGUGAAAUAAUUUAAUUUCAUAAGGAAAAUCUAGAUUAUUUUGCUUACUCCAUUAGCAGAUUAUUUUACUUGCUUUAAGGAAAAACUCACUUAAUUUUGAGCCAUUAAUUCUAAAAACAAUACAAUUUUCUUUGCUUGUCUAGAGAAAGCUUCUUCAUUUUAGGGUUUUUAGAUAUUUGGACUGUAAACAAGACAGAAAAUCCAAGAAAAGCAUUGUUGCUGACUAUUGUUGCUGAUUAUUUUCUGUUUUAUAACUGUAGUGACGAGUGAUUUAAAAAAAAAAAAAGAUGCCCAUGUCAGUGUUUUGUGAUAUGUUUUUUUAAAAUAAAUCACUUCAGAU